GGGGGGGAGAUGGAAGAAGGUGAUAAGGGCCCUGUUUGUGUGACAGGUGGAACAGGGUAUGUUGCAUCAUGGUUGAUCAUGAAGCUGCUUGAUCACGGUUACAGAGUCAGAACCACAGUUAGAUCUUGCCCAGACAACAACAAAGACCUUAGCUUCCUCACAAACCUACCAGGAGCAUCAGAAAAGCUUCAAAUAUUCAGUGCAGACCUUGAGCAGCCAGAGAGUUUUGAGCCAGCUAUUGAAGGCUGCAUUGGAGUCUUCCACGUAGCUCACCCCAUUUAUCACAAAGAACCAGAAGAGUUCAUGACUAAAAGAGCAGUCCGCGGAACCCUUGGAAUUUUGAAGACUUGCCUUAAGUCGAAGACAGUGAAAAGAGUUCUGUACACUUCUAGUGCAUCCACCAUUGUGUUCAGGGACAAGGGAUCAGAUGUUUUGGAUGAAAGCUAUUGGAGCGACAUAGAUUACAUGAAAUCCUUAAAUUUCAAUGAAGUUUCAUAUAUGAUUUCCAAGGUUAAAACUGAGAGGGCUGCCUCAGAGUUUGCUGAGAAACAUGGAAUGGAUCUUGUCACUGUAAUUCCCACCUUCAUCAAUGGACCCUUCAUUUGCCCUAAUUUGCCCAGUUCACUACACGCUUCAAUGGCGCUAAUCUUCGGCAACAAAGAUCAAUAUAACCUGCUUUCCAAAGUACAGAUGGUGCAUGUAGAUGAUGUGGUCAAGGCACAUAUCUUCCUUUUCGAGUGUCCUGAUGCAAAAGGAAGGUUCAUUUGUUCAAGAAUUACCAUAACAAUAGAUCAGAUGGCUGAAUUUCUAUCAGGCAGAUAUCCAGAAUAUCUCAUACCAACACCUGAUUCUUUGAAAGAAAUUGAAAGGCUCACAUGUGCUGAGGUCGCAUCAAAGAAGCUCCUAGAGAUGGGGUUCAAGUAUAAGUAUGGCCUAGAAGAAAUGUACGACGAUGCAAUUCGAUGCUGCAAGGAGAAGGGUUUUCUUUAGGGCAUUAUCCAUGGCACUCAGUUCUUCUUGAAAUAUGAAUAGGAUCUGCAUUGUUGCUGCAAAGUGCAAACUAAGAAUAGUUGAUCUCUUUGGGUUAUGUCUUUUAUCUUUGUGAAAGUAAAAAAAUAAAAGAAAUGCUUUAAUAAAUAGAUAAAAAUGUAUGUACAAAUUUUUGUAUGGAAGUUCUCUUUGAAUAUAGUUUUCACAGAAUAAUGUAAGAUUUUUGUCA